CACAGAACCCACCACCCUGUGACAUCAGCCCCAGGGACGAGGCCUUCACGGGCAACGCGGCUGCUGCAGGGACUGCAUCUGCGGCUGUGCUGGUGCAAGGAGCCCUCACUUCUUGCAGCUGACACGCGCCUCUGGCAGCCAUGAAUUGGCUCUGCCUCCUCGUCCUGCUGGCCACGUGCGGGCUUGCACAUGGCACAUGGGACAACUGCGGAGGGAUGUGUGGGUACCGAUCCGUGAGUUAUGACUAUGGCGCCGCUGCUUAUCAAUACGGUCACUACGGCAUGACACGCGUCGUGGGUGGCACAGGGGCCCGGGAAGCGUCCUGGCCCUGGCUCGUCAGCCUCCAUCAUGCCUGGAUACCGGGCACGGGGCACAUGUGCGGAGGGUCCCUCGUCCACUCCCAGUGGGUCCUCACGGCAGCCCACUGCUUCGAUGAUGUCAGCAACAUCAGCCUGGUGUACGUGGUGAUCGGGGCCACCCAGUUGACUCAUCCGAGCCCCGGGGCACAAGUCCGCUACAUUAAGCAGCUGCGGACUCACCAAUACUAUAAUCCUAAGACCAUGAAGAACGACAUCGCCUUGCUGGAACUGGACUAUCCUGUCCUGUGCAGCCCCUACAUCCAGCUGGCCUGUGUGCCCGACUUCCAACUGAGAGUGUCGGAGCUGGUAUACUGCUUUGUUGCCGGCUGGGGUGCCACCAGUGCCAGGGGUACAGGAACAAGCGCCACUGCCAGCAGGAGGGGGUCAUUGCCUUACUGCUCCAUGGCCUCUGGAGCCAGAAAAAUAAAUUUUCAUCCCCUUAAGCUUAUCUUCCCUCUCUGGAAAGAAAUGGGAGACCUGGAUACCAUGGACAAAGAGAAGACUGAUGUUCUCAAUGACAUCUAUGCCCCUGUUUUCAACGGCAAGUGCUCUGGCCAUGCUGCCCAAGUUGAGAAAGGCAAAUGA